UAUCCCCUUACCAACAACCAUCCACCAUCGCGUCUUCGCCUUCGCCCACAAGUAUUGCCCAUCAUGAAUAUCGAGAAUAUCUGCUUUAUCUGUGCAGACAUGGCAUUGAAAAGACCCGCAAAGCAUUAUCAUCGACUCCGUGACCCAAAGUCCAAGAAGACAGAAGAGUGCGUUCUUUGUGCUAGGCACUUUUGCGAGGCACACAAGUCAAAUGAUGAACUUGAUGAACAUGUUUGCGAAGUCAACCACCGAACUUAUUACAAUAAUCAUCGGAGUAUUUUUGGAAUAUACCCUACUCUUCAGGCGCGAGAGAGGCAGUCUGGAGUGGUGGGACUAUGAGUGACAAGGGGUGGUUAUGUGCCAAUUCUUUACUCGGUGUUUGGGGUAUAUAGAUGUUAUUCUGGAAGAGGUGUAUCCAAACGGUGGGAAUUAAUCGGUCAAGGAUUGAGGAAGUUGGCGUAAAACCACGCUGAGGCGUUGAGAUGUCAAGUGUGUUCACAAUACAGAUUUAUACGACAGUCUACAUUCCUGGUACUUCUAGUAUAAUACAAUGUAAUUCCCAGCGGCAGGUGAUAGUCCGGAACAUGACCAGUGUGGACUAGUGUGUUUUGAUAAGUGAGAUUCGAGAAACGAU